CCACUUUUGCCUCAAGUCCACUAACAUAGCUCAUAGUGCAGAACAAGCCGGUGGCAUUCGUCUACUAAGUUGAAUCUCCUAAGCAAAUUGACUGUAGCAAAGUAUGGCUAGACAGAGAGAUCUUUAUAAAGUUCUUGGGGUAUCUCCUAAAGCAACACAACAAGAAAUUCGCAAUGCAUACAAAAGAGAGUCACUGAAAUCGCACCCCGACCGAGUGCCUGCCGAUUCGGCUGAGAGACCAGCUCGGACUCGUAGGUUCCAAGAAAUCAACGAUGCUUAUUACACAUUAUCGGAUACAUCACGUCGGCGAGAAUACGAUGCGACACGAUUAGCAGAUGGGGUGGAUGAAGAAUAUGAUAUACCUCAAGGAGGUGCUGGCGGUUUCCCAUGGUCCGCUUUCGGCUUCGGUUCCGCUGCUGAUAGAGAGCAGCGGGCAUCGGAGCAAUUUGGCUCUGUCUUUGAGGAGAUGCUACGCGAAGAGGGUCUUGCGAGUGAUGCGACCGAUGCUGAUGGUCGCACGCAAACCCGUCCUACGUCGCGCUUCUGGUCCAUUGUUGGCGGUAUCAGUGGCGGCGCACUGGGGUUUAUCAUUGGUAAUGCUCCCGGGGCGUUGGCCGGAGCUGUCGCGGGUAAUCGACUGGGAGCGGUACGUGACGCAAAGGGAAAGAGUGUCUACGAGGUCUUUCUGGAGUUGCCUCAAACUGACCGUGCUCGGCUGUUGAGUGAAUUGGCGGCCAAGGUAUUCCAGACUACAAUGGGCCGUUGAGAACAUUGACAUGUGACAAUGCGGAGUGGGAUACUCAUCCCUGUGUGCAGCAGCCAUAUGCCCUCUUAAAUUUAUUCAUUCUUCCUACAGUGUCAAUGUGGGUAAUAGUGUCUUCAGCCAUACUGUCCUUGGUUACGG